AUGGAAAGUGAUAACCACACCAGCCAUCCGGAUUUCCUCCUGCUAGGUUUCUCCACUCGACCAGAGCAAGAUGGCCUCCUCUUUGCUUUGUUCCUUGCCCUGUAUCUGUUGAACCUGUCCGGCAACCUGCUGAUUAUCCUUCUGGUCCGGUUCGAUGCCCAGCUCUUCUCCACUCCCAUGUACUUCUUCCUCAGUCACCUCUCCUUUGUGGAUGUCUGCUUCACCUCCACCACCAUCCCCAAGAUGUUACACAAUCUUCGUGUGGGCCGCAAAAACAUUGCCUAUGCCAGUUGCCUGGCCCAGAUGUAUUUCUUUAUGGCCUUCGCCAUCACCGAGAACUUCCUUCUGGGCACCAUGGCCUUGGACCGCUUUGUGGCCAUCCGCCAGCCUCUACACUAUUCCAUGCUGAUGAAUCCAGUCCGAUGCCAUCUCAUGGUUUUCAUGGCUUCUGCGCUGGCCCACCUCCACUCCUUCGUGCAAACAGUCCUGAUGUCCCGGGUCUCCUUCUGUGGCCGUCGCCACAUCCACCAUUUCUUCUGUGACUUCCAGCCCUUGAUAGUGAUGGCAUGCGCCAAGAAGCACCCUGGUGAGAUGUUGAGCAUCUAUGGAGGAGGCACCUUCACUAUCGGCAACUUCAUCCUCAUCCUCGUCUCUUACGCUUUCAUCGUCCGAACUGUGCUUCGACUGCCCUCGGCCCAAGGCCGGAGCAAGGCCUUCCAAACGUGUGCUUCUCACCUGACCGUGGUCUUUCUCAUCUAUGGAUCUUCAAUUGGGGUCUACUUCCGGCCCGUCUCCAGUUACUCUGGGGACUCUGGGGACAAGGGCAAGUUUGCCACUGUUAUGUACACGGUGGUGACCCCAAUGCUCAACCCGUUCAUCUAUAGCUUGAGGAAUGGGGACAUGAAAGCCGCCUUCCACAGAGCACUGGAGAGACUCAAGGGAAGUGGCCACAGGAAACUCAUGGAACUUGACAACCGAACCAGCCGUCCAGAUUUCCUCCUGCUGGGGUUGUCCACUCGGCCAGAGCAAGAUGGCCUCCUCUUUGCUUUGUUCCUUGCCCUGUAUCUGUUGAACCUGUCCGGCAACCUGCUGAUUGUCCUUCUGAUCCGGUCCGAUGCCCAGCUCUUCUCCACUCCCAUGUACUUCUUCCUCAGUCACCUCUCCUUUGUGGAUGUCUGCUUCACCUCCACCACCAUCCCCAAGAUGUUACACAAUCUUCGUGUGGGCCGCAAAAACAUUGCCUAUGCCAGUUGCCUGGCCCAGAUGUAUUUCUUUAUAGCCUUUGCCAUCACCGAGAACUUCCUCCUGGGCGCCAUGGCCUUGGACCGCUUUGUGGCUAUCCGCCAGCCUCUACACUACACUUUGCUGAUGAAUCCUGUCCGAUGCCAUCUCAUGGUAUUCGUGGCUUGGGCACUGGCCCACCUCCACUCCUUCAUGCACACCGUCCUGAUGUCCCGGGUCUCCUUCUGUGGCCGUCGCCUCAUCCCCCAUUUCUUCUGUGACUUCCAGCCCUUGGUAGUGAUGGCAUGCGCCAAGAAGCACCUCAGCGAGAUGUUGAGCUUCUUCGAAGGAGGCACCAUCAUCAUCGGCAACUUCAUCCUCAUCCUCAUCUCUUACGCUUUCAUCGUCCAAACUGUGCUUCGACUGCCCUCGGCCCAAGGCCGGAGCAAGGCCUUCCAAACGUGUGCUUCUCACCUGACCGUGGUCAUCCUCUUCUAUUGCUCUGCAAUUGGGGUCUACUUCCGGCCCCUCUCCAGUUACUCGGGGGACAAGGACAAGAUGGCCACUGUUAUGUACACGGUGGUUACCCCAAUGCUCAACCCCUUCAUCUACAGCUUGAGGAAUGGGGACAUGAAAGCCGCCUUACGCAGAGCACUGGAGAGACUCAGGGGAAGUGUCCGCAGGAAGUGA